GGCGCUGCCUGCGCCGGCCCAGGGCGGGUCCGCCUGGCCAAGGACGCGGCCACCGAAGGCGAGAACAUGGAAGAUGUGGGAGUUCCCAUGGACUUCUGAGUGGCCCAUGCAGAUGCAGCUCCAGGAAUGAAGAUGCUGGAGGCCCCACCCCUGCUGUUGGCAGCCUUCUCAUUGGGCCUGGUGCUGCUGGUGCUGCUGCUCUGGCACUCAUACUCGGGCUUUCUCCUCAUCUACUGGAACGAGCACGUCCUGCAGCCCCUCUACAACCUGUUCAUGGGCGACACCAAGGAGCAGCGCAUCCUGCGUCAUGUGCUGCAGCACGCGGUGGCCGGGGACCCACAAAGCGUGCUGGAGGCCAUCGAUACCUACUGCUCGCAGAAGGAAUGGGCUAUGAAUGUAGGUGACAAGAAAGGCCAGAUCUUGGAUGCAGUGGUGCGGGAGCAGCGCCCAUCGGUCCUACUAGAGCUGGGGGCCUAUUGCGGCUACUCAGCUGUGCGCAUGGCCCGCCUGCUGGAGCCUGGGGCCCGUCUGCUCACCAUCGAGUUCAACCCUGACUAUGCUGCCAUCACCCAGCAGAUGCUGGACUUUGCAGGCCUGCAGGACAGGGUGACCCUUGUGACCGGAUCAUCUCAGGACAUCAUUCCCCAGCUGAAGAAGAAAUACGACGUGGACACACUAGACAUGGUCUUCCUUGACCACUGGAAGGACCGGUACCUGCCAGACACUCUCCUCCUAGAGGACCUGAGGACAUGGCUAUUCCCAGCUUCACAUGCAGGCUCCAGUGCCUGGCUCCUGCCUCCUUGAACAGGAACAACCUUGGGUGACCUCAGAGGGAAUGCCUAAGUCUGGCCCCCACCCACACCUCAAGCAGCCUGACGUGUUCUUGAAGACUGUUGUCCACUCAGCAUCCCUUGGCUUAGAAUCUUCAUUGGGCUCACGCUCCCAGCCUGAGUGGGGGACAAUGACCUCAUGUGUUAGCGUCUGCAGGCCGUGAUCAAUGAUGACCAUCUUCAGGGGCUCGUAGGAUGACAGGUUCCAGAGUGUGCCUGCAGGGUGCCAUCAAGCAGCCAGUGCUGAUCAUACAGGCAGUGACCUCCCUACCUCCCCAUGUGACCUUGCUCAGGAUCUGCCUCAUCCUUUGUCAUGGACUAGAUCAGAAUAGAAGAUAGGAAGUGACAAAAGCCAUGAGAAGCCUUGGGUGCCCACCCUGGCCCAGGCAAGAUGUGCACAGGCACUCAACAGUAGCUUCCAGCUGGGAGGAAGCCAGAGGGGCUGGGACACAGAAGAAGAGCUGGGAGGGAGCCUUUGGCUAGACACGCAGUACCUUCUCUUCCCCUCCCUUCUCAGCCAGGUGGGUGGGUGGGACUACUACUCCACUGGCUCUACCCAGAGUGGUCAUGUGACCCUGCCUGGCCAAUUGGGUCCCAUGAGGUACAAUCACUCACCAAUGCCCCACUGGAGGUUGGGACCAGGAGGCUGGACCUGGAGAGUAUGGGGACACGGGGGCAAGUGGACAGGGGUCCUGUCUGAGGGGUAGCAAAGUCCAGAGGUAGAGAGACGGGACCACUCAGUCUGAGCCUGAUGCCUACCCCUAGUAGCUGGGACUCCUGACUAAAUGGGUGGUGUGGGGGCUCUUUUUCUGGCCAAGCCUCGCUCUCCUCCUCCCUGAGGGACACGGGGAAGCCAAGUACCACUCACCUGUGACCAGCUCUCGGACCUCGUUGUCCCGGGCAGCCCGCAGAAGGCGCACCAGGGCAGGCACACCGCCACAGUCCCGGAUGGCAGCCUUGUUGUCUGUAUCUCGGCCAUAGGAGAGGUUUCGCAGUGCCCCACAGGCCCGUCGCCGCACCUCCGCCCUUGGGUGGUCCAGAAGAGCAACGAGCAGAGGCAGGCCCCGCAACUGCCGCACACGUCGCUUGAUGCCCUCAUUCUCAAAGCACAGGUGUUGCAGGUAGGCGGCCGCGUUGGCUUUCACAGGAUCCACGGGGUGCCGCAGCAUGGCCAGUACCUCAGGCAGCUCAGGGUCCCGCCAACGUGGCUCCUUACGGGCACUAUCCACUGAAGGUGACCGCCGUACCACCCGGUCUAGGCUACCCAGGCUGCCCCGUUCUGGCUGGGCCAGGGGUGCCGUCGUAGCUGGAAACGAGGGCCGCUCUUCCAUCAGUUCACCGCCAUCAUCUGCCACAUCUUCAUAGGCCCUGUGCAGGCAGGCAAGGCACAUGGAGCAGAGCGGCCUCACCAUACCUUCUCCAGAGGACCAUAAACCCAUGAGCAGCAGGGAUAGGCCAACAGCAUUAGUACUUGACUCCAAGCACCAAAUGGGUGCUGAAAGUCAUGACGGCCAGCAAGAACGGACUUCCAGCCAAUGACAGAACUAAACACCAGCCAAUGGUUAUCAGGGCUUGCAUCCCCCUAAGACAGGGAGCUCACUCACUCUCAUCACCAUCAGUGUUCCCCAAUUCUGAGCUAAAUGUGUUUCUAUAAAACAUCUGUAUCUAUGA